AGCGGGGCGGACGGCGGCGGCGGGCCCGAGCCCGAGAAGAUGGCGGUGCGGAAGAAGGACGGCGGCCCCAACGUGAAGUACUACGAGGCCGCGGACACCGUGACCCAGUUCGACAACGUGCGGCUCUGGCUCGGCAAGAACUACAAGAAGUAUAUACAAGCUGAACCACCCACCAACAAGUCUCUGUCUAGCCUGGUUGUACAGUUGCUACAAUUUCAGGAAGAAGUUUUUGGCAAACAUGUCAGCAAUGCACCACUCACUAAACUGCCGAUCAAAUGUUUCCUAGAUUUCAAAGCAGGAGGUUCCCUGUGCCACAUACUUGCAGCUGCCUACAAAUUCAAGAGUGACCAGGGAUGGCGGCGUUACGAUUUCCAGAAUCCAUCACGCAUGGACCGCAACGUGGAGAUGUUCAUGACCAUUGAGAAGUCCUUGGUACAGAAUAACUGCCUGUCUCGACCUAACAUUUUUCUGUGCCCAGAAAUUGAGCCCAAACUGCUAGGGAAAUUAAAGGACAUUAUCAAGAGACACCAGGGAACAGUCACUGAGGAUAAGAACAAUGCCUCUCAUGUUGUGUAUCCCGUCCCAGGGAACCUAGAAGAAGAGGAAUGGGUACGACCAGUCAUGAAGAGGGAUAAGCAGGUUCUUCUGCAUUGGGGCUACUAUCCUGACAGUUAUGACACAUGGAUCCCAGCUAGUGAAAUUGAAGCCUCUGUGGAGGAUGCCCCAACUCCUGAGAAACCUAGGAAGGUUCAUGCCAAGUGGAUCCUGGACACAGACACCUUCAAUGAGUGGAUGAAUGAGGAAGACUAUGAAGUAAAUGAUGACAAAAACCCUGUCUCCCGCCGAAAGAAGAUUUCAGCCAAGACACUGACAGAUGAGGUGAACAGCCCAGAUUCAGAUCGACGGGACAAGAAGGGGGGCAACUAUAAGAAGAGGAAGCGCUCCCCCUCUCCUUCACCUACACCAGAAGCUAAGAAGAAAAAUGCUAAGAAAGGCCCUUCAACACCUUAUACCAAGUCAAAGCGUGGCCACAGAGAAGAGGAGCAAGAAGACUUGACAAAGGACAUGGAUGAGCCUUCACCAGUCCCCAACGUAGAAGAGGUGACAUUGCCCAAAACAGUCAACACGAAGAAGGACUCGGAGUCAGCCCCAGUCAAAGGAGGCACCAUGACUGACCUGGAUGAACAGGAGGAUGAAAGCAUGGAGACCACGGGCAAGGAUGAGGACGAGAACAGUACGGGGAACAAAGGGGAGCAGACCAAGAAUCCGGACCUGCAUGAGGACAACGUGACUGAACAGACACACCACAUCAUCAUCCCCAGCUAUGCUGCCUGGUUUGACUACAAUAGCGUUCAUGCUAUUGAGCGGAGGGCUCUCCCUGAGUUCUUUAACGGCAAGAACAAGUCCAAGACUCCAGAGAUCUACCUGGCCUAUCGAAACUUCAUGAUUGACACUUACCGACUGAACCCCCAAGAAUACCUCACCUCCACUGCCUGCCGCAGGAACCUGGCGGGUGAUGUCUGUGCCAUCAUGAGGGUCCAUGCCUUCCUAGAACAGUGGGGUCUUAUUAACUACCAGGUGGAUGCUGAGAGCCGACCAACCCCAAUGGGGCCUCCACCCACGUCUCACUUCCAUGUCUUGGCGGACACACCAUCAGGGCUGGUGCCUCUGCAGCCCAAGACCCCGCAGGGCCGCCAGGUUGAUGCUGAUACCAAGGCUGGGAGAAAGGGCAAAGAGCUGGAUGACCUGGUGCCAGAGACGGCUAAGGGCAAGCCAGAGCUGCAGACCUCUGCUUCCCAACAAAUGCUCAACUUUCCUGAUAAAGGCAAAGAGAAACCAGCAGACAUGCAGAACUUUGGGCUGCGCACUGACAUGUACACCAAGAAGAAUGUUCCCUCUAAGAGCAAGGCUGCAGCCAGUGCCACUCGCGAGUGGACAGAACAGGAAACCCUGCUACUCUUGGAGGCACUGGAAAUGUACAAAGACGACUGGAACAAAGUAUCAGAGCACGUGGGAAGCCGCACGCAGGACGAGUGCAUCUUGCAUUUUCUUCGUCUUCCCAUUGAAGACCCGUACCUGGAGGACUCAGAGGCCUCCCUGGGGCCCCUGGCCUACCAGCCCAUCCCCUUCAGUCAGUCGGGCAACCCUGUCAUGAGCACUGUGGCCUUCCUGGCCUCUGUUGUUGAUCCUCGAGUCGCCUCUGCUGCCGCGAAGUCAGCCCUAGAGGAGUUCUCCAAGAUGAAGGAAGAGGUGCCCACAGCCCUGGUGGAGGCCCAUGUUCGCAAAGUGGAAGAAGCAGCCAAAGUGACAGGCAAGGCAGACCCAGCCUUUGGUCUGGAAAGCAGUGGCAUUGCAGGAACCACCUCAGAUGAGCCUGAGCGGAUUGAGGAGAGCGGGACUGACGAGGCACGGGCGGAGGGCCAGGCCACAGAUGAGAAGAAGGAGUCCAAGGAACCCCGAGAAGGAGGAGGGUCUGCAGAGGAAGAAGCAAAGGAGAAGACUAGUGAGGCUCCCAAGAAGGAUGAAGAGAAAGGGAAAGAAGGUGAUAGUGAGAAGGAGUCAGAGAAGAGUGAUGGGGAUCCAGUAGUGGAUGCCGAGAAGGAGAAGGAGGCAAAGGAAGGGCAGGAGGAAGUGCUUAAGGAAGUAGUGGAGUCAGAGGGUGACAGGAAGACAAAAGUGGAGCGGGACAUUGGUGAGGGCAACCUCUCCACCGCUGCAGCCGCUGCCCUAGCUGCCGCAGCCGUCAAGGCCAAGCACUUGGCAGCUGUAGAGGAGAGGAAGAUCAAAUCUCUGGUGGCCCUGCUGGUGGAGACCCAGAUGAAAAAGUUGGAGAUCAAACUUCGGCAUUUUGAGGAGCUGGAGACGAUCAUGGACCGGGAGCGCGAAGCACUGGAGUAUCAGAGGCAGCAGCUCCUAGCCGACAGACAAGCCUUCCACAUGGAGCAGCUGAAGUAUGCAGAGAUGAGGGCCCGGCAGCAGCACUUCCAACAGAUGCACCAACAACAGCAGCAGCCACCUCCCACCCUGCCCCCAGGGUCCCAGCCUAUCCCACCCACAGGGGCCGCUGGACCACCCUCGGUCCAUGGCUUGGCUGUGGCUCCAGCCUCUGUGGCCCCUGCUCCUGCUGGCAGUGGGGCCCCUCCUGGAAGCAUGGGCCCCUCUGAACAGAUUGGGCAGGCGGGGCCAACUGCAGGGCCACAGCAGCAGCAGCCAGCUGGAGCCCCCCAGCCUGGGGCAGUCCCAUCAGGGGUACCCCCCCCUGGACCCCAUGGCCCCUCACCGUUCCCCAACCAACAAACUCCUCCCUCAAUGAUGCCAGGGGCAGUGCCAGGCAGCGGGCACCCAGGCGUGGCGGGUAAUGCUCCUUUGGGUUUGCCUUUCGGCAUGCCGCCUCCUCCUCCUCCUGCUCCAUCCAUCAUCCCAUUUGGUAGCCUAGCCGACUCUGUCAGUAUUAACCUUCCCCCUCCUCCUAACCUGCAUGGGCAUCACCAUCAUCUCCCAUUCGCCCCGGGCACUCUCCCCCCACCUAACCUGCCUGUGUCCAUGGCGAACCCUCUACAUCCUAACCUGCCGGCGACCACCACCAUGCCAUCCUCCUUGCCUCUCGGGCCGGGGCUCGGAUCCGCCGCAGCCCAGAGCCCUGCCAUUGUGGCAGCUGUUCAGGGCAACCUCCUGCCCAGUGCCAGCCCACUGCCAGACCCAGGCACCCCGCUGCCUCCAGACCCCACGGCCCCAAGCCCAGGCACAGUCACCCCUGUGCCACCUCCACAGUGAGGAGCCAGCCAGACAUCUCUCUCCCCCUCCCCCAUGGAGAUCAAGGUUCCAGGAACAGCCCUCCCCCAUCACUGGGACCCCUCCCCAGCCUGGAGAGUUCAUCACUACGUAAGGAAAGCUCCUCCUGCCCCUCCACAGCCCCCACCAGGACUGUUGGUGCCUCAGAGGCAUGUGUUUUUGUAAGGAAAGCUCCUCCUGCCCCUCCACAGCCCCCACCAGGACUGUUGGUGCCUCAGAGGCAUGUGUUUUUGUAAGGAAAGCUCCUCCUGCCCCUCCACAGCCCCCACCAGGGCUGUUGGUGCCUCAGAGGCAUGUGUUUUUAUAUCGGAUUAUCCAAGGACUUUUGUUGAAAAGCCGUUUCUAAUGUCUGGAAGAGAACAGGAUGGGAAUGCUGCCCUCAAGGAAGGGCUGGGGAAGGGUACACUCCCCUCAAAAAACCUCUGCAUUUUUUUGUGGCUGAACAAUUAAAGCCUCUAAAAGGAAGUAGAGAUUUUUAAAAAGCCACAGUUGGAGCUCCCUUCACCCACUAAAAAAUAACUUACAUCUUUUUGAGGGAGGGUGGCAAUUCUAGGGAAGGGGAAUUAAAGUCUGCGGAGAGCUCUGGGGGUAGACUAGGGUGCAGAAAUCUGCCCCCCGAGCUCCUCCUUAGUGACUGUAUCAGCUCCCCAACUCCCCUCACCUGCCUGCCCCCACUACUGCUCUGUCCUACUGCUUCCUCAGUGUUGCGGUUUUAGGUGCCCCCCCAGCUCAGCCAGCCAUCUGAUCUUUUUCCGAGUGUCAGUUUGUGUUUCUUUUUAAAAAUCACCCGCUUAGUUGAUUUGAGUGUACGUAUUUGGUGGGGAGAAUUAUGGUAGAUAAGGCGAAGAAAGGGCCCUAGGAGCUGUUCUUUUUUUCCUCCCCUGUGCUGUAUCAGGGGUUCCUGGGAGACAUGAAGAGGGGAGCCAUGAAAAGAUGACAAGUUUCUAAAUCCUGAGAUUUUCAAAAAGCACUUAAGCACCUCCUUCUUAUGACUCAGUGUGCCACCCCACCCAACAUCUUCCCUCUCCCACCAAGACCAUCAGAACCUUGACUGGUAGCUAGGGGUUCCCUGGAUGAGGGCACAGGGAUUUGGGAGCAGUGGGGGAGGGGGACACCCAGCCUGGGGUAGCACCAGUCACAUCCCCAGCUCGCGGUGCGACCCUGCUCCCCAGAUUCCAGUGCCUCCCAGUCCCAGCUCUCCCCCUGUUCAUCAUUGAUGUGAAGGCAGAUGUGAUUCCAGGCUCUACACCCCAGUUCUUCUUGGUCCCGCCCACCAGGCCCUUUGUUCUCAUGUCCCAGUGUUUCUCUUCUUC